AAUGUAUCGGGGUAUCAGCUACACAUCUCCCAGGCGGAGCUCAGUCAGGUGCGCGGCGCUCUUCCUUGACCAGCAGCGAUGCCUCACUCCUUGUUCCCCCUGUGCGUCAUGGGACUUCUCGCCCUCUCAUCCGCCUGCUACAUCCAGAACUGCCCCCGAGGAGGGAAGCGAUCUCUGGCCGAGAUGGGCAACAGACAGUGCAUGUCUUGUGGCCCCGGAGACAGGGGCCGCUGCUUUGGCCCCAGCAUCUGCUGCGGGGAGGGCCUCGGCUGCCUGCUGGGGUCCCCAGAGACAGCUCACUGUGUUGAGGAAAACUACCUGCUCACCCCCUGCCAGGCGGGAGGGAGACACUGUGGAUCUGAGGGAGGACGCUGCGCUGCUUCAGGACUGUGUUGUGACUCAGAGAGCUGUGCGGUGGACCCUGACUGUCUGGGGGAUAACGAGGCCCCAGACCAAGCCCACGGCUCUUCAUUGAGCUCACCUGCAGAACUUCUGCUGCGUCUUCUGCAUGUUGCUGCCAGAGGACAGACUGAGUACUGACACUGCUGUCAGUGGAGGCUCCUCUCAGGGCCAGGAGGCGAAACAGGAUCAUCCCUGUUCCACUACAAGCCUUGAGGUGUAAACCAUGAGUCAAUAAAAUGCCAAGUCAAACUUUGUUCUCUCUUAACCCCUUCUGCUGUUCUGUAUCUGUAGACAGGGCCAUAGAAGAACCAUCUUUAUAUUUAGUAAUGAGCCAUUUUUCAUCAAGAUUUUGGAGAAGAGGAAUCAUGAUAUUGUAUUGUUUGUUCCACCCUUAGAAAUGUAUAUACUGAUGCACAUACUGUAAACAAAUUGUAUUCUAUAUAAGAGGAUGUAACACACCUCAGAUCUCCAUUUCAAAUAAGUGAAUUACAGCAGAAAACCCCUGUAUAUAAGUUACAGAUCUGACAUCCAUGUAAGACAGCUCAAGCAGUUACUUCUUGUGUAGUAGAAAUAUUAUUGUAAAUUGAAAAUGAGACAAUACAGAAUCUA